GUAGGUAGAGAUAUACCAACUGCCAUCUGCCAGGUAUGAUAUAUAAUACAACCUAGUACGUAGUACAGACCCGAAAGCUCGGGUGAUGAUUACCCUAGUGGUAUGUAUCUGGUAUUGCCUGGUAUCACCACCUCUUCUGUCGCGCAUGGAUGCAUGUACGAAUACCUACAUAAUACCUCGCUGGCUGCUGUAGCGCGACUCCAUCUCCAACUCUCGAAAACAACAUUCGAUUCCAGCCAAUUAUCCUGUUGUCGAUCUUCCUCAAUUGGCGCAUCUCCAGCGCUUGCUCUGUCUCUUCUGCCUCUGCUUCUUUUCUUCUUCCUUCCUUCCUCUCUCUCUCCUAACCGCCCCGCCCUUUUUGGCCGCCCGUGGGCCCAACGGGUAGGGAGACAGCGGUUGCACAACCUUAAAACCCAUGGCUGUCUCGCUCCCCUCCUUCACGGCCUCUUGCCCUCUCCGACUGUGUCGCUCUCAUUGAUCAGCAUCCUCCAUCCAGCUCAUCACUGUUUCCUGACUCGUGACUGUCACCCUUCUCCCCUCUGUGUAUCAAAUAUUCGCUUUGCGACGUUCUCCAUCGUGACCGCUACUUGGAGUUCUGCCUCGUCUCGUGGAUUGGGCGCCUCUUUUUCUUUUCUUUUUUUUUUUUUUUCCUUCUCUCUCACUCUCUUUCGCUCUCCCUCUAAAUUUAAUCGCGAUUUUCCCACACCGGCUACUACUCCAACUUUUACUUUGCCAACUACAGACUCGUUCAAUCCAUCGGAUUUAAACACUUUUCACCGAAAUUGACAUUCUUCUAUUUUUGUCUUCUGAUUUGUUUUUUAUUUAAAUUUCUAUUUAUUUUAUUUCUACCCCCUAUUUUAUGCCACUGUUGUUGGCCGUUAUCUUCGGUUCUUUGACCCAUGCCCACGGGCUUCUCACUUAUGCUACCGCAUUGGAUGCUUGAUCGAUAGCAUCUAUUGUUUAAUAUAGGCCUUAUACUUUGUGACACCACCAAUCCCUUCUAUCUCCAUCCUCAAAUCCUGCUCUCAUCGUUGUUGUGGCCAAAUCAUCUGAUCCCCACCUCCCAAUGUUUUUGAGUGGCCAAGCUGGGCAGCGACUUCCCACCAUGGCCUCUCCGCCCCAUAAUUAC